GUCCAUGCAUCAAUAAUUUGUGCCCAGCUGGCUACUCAUGCAAUACCAACAAUUAUUGCUGCCCAAUUGGUUCCGGUUCCGUACUUGGUGAUAAAAUUUCGAUGAGUUCAGCAAAGCUACCACCAGUAAGUGGCGGUAGUAGAGGUUACAAGCUCAAAGGUGCCGAAAAAGCUACAGUACACUCAUUUAAUGAUUUGAUACCAGCACUUAAAAGCGUCCUUUAUGAUAAAAAUAAUACACAGCUUGAUAAAGUACUAUCACUUAUGGAGGCAAAGACUCAAUUGCCACGUGAACAACUAGCAUAUGGAAUGAUGGGACUUAUUGCUAUUUAUCUCAUUAUUGGAUCACUAGCACAACUUGUAUGUAAUCUUAUCGGUUUCGGUUAUCCGGCAUAUGCUUCAGUUAAGGCAAUUCGAACUGAACAAAAGGAAGAUGAUACGCAAUGGCUAAUUUAUUGGACUGUAUUUGCAUUUUAUUCACUGAUCGACUUUUUUGCCGAAGCAAUUAUGCAUGUUGUAAUAUUCUUACUGUAUUUAUCAUUGCCACAAACUUAUGGUGCCCAGAUUAUUUACGAGAAAUAUAUUGAUCCAUUAAUAGCAGGAAUCGAAAAAACCUUUAAUAAAAAAUGA